UCGACGCACUGUGGCGCCCACUUGUUAGGUCCGUCCAUGCUAAACAAAAUUCUUUUGUUGUGAUUACCCGUGUAGCGGUUGUGAUCCUGUUGUUAUCACUUCUAUCAAUUAAUUGCUGGUGUGAAGUUCUUAGAGGAUGAGUGGCGGAGUGUAUGGAGGCGAUGAGGUGGGAGCUUUGGUGUUUGACAUUGGUUCUUAUUCUGUAAGAGCUGGCUAUGCAGGAGAAGACUGUCCCAAGGCGGACUUCCCCACAGUGAUCGGCGUGACUCUUGACCGGGAGGAUGGCAGCACACCUAUGGAGACAGAUGGCGACAAGGGCAAGCAGAGCGGCACUACCUACUACAUCGAUACCAAUCAGCUAAGAGUACCCAGAGAGAACAUGGAAGUCAUGUCUCCGCUGAAAAAUGGCAUGAUUGAGGACUGGGACAGUUUCCAGGCCAUUUUGGAUCACACAUACAAGAUGCACUUCAAAUCUGAACCCAGUCUCCAUCCUGUUCUCAUGUCAGAGGCUUCGUGGAACACACGAGCAAAACGAGAGAAACUAACAGAGUUGAUGUUUGAGCAUUACAACAUUCCCGCCUUCUUCCUCUGUAAAUCAGCUGUGCUGUCUGCCUUUGCCAAUGGCCGGUCUACAGGCCUGGUCCUCGACAGUGGAGCCACGCACACCACAGCAAUUCCAGUACAUGAUGGCUACGUCUUGCAACAAGGCAUUGUCAAGUCACCUCUGGCCGGUGACUUCAUGAGCAUGCAGUGCAGGGAGCUGUUUCAGGAGUUAAAUGUUGAAAUAAUUCCCCCUUAUAUGAUUGCAUCAAAGGAUGCAGUGCGUGAGGGGUCCCCAGCCAGCUGGAAGAAAAAGGAAAAACUACCUCAAGUCACCCGCUCUUGGCACAACUAUAUGUGUAAUUGUGUAAUUCAGGACUUUCAGGCGUCGGUGCUGCAGGUGUCGGACUCUCCAUAUGAUGAACAAGUUGCAGCCCAGAUGCCCACAGUGCAUUAUGAACUACCCAACGGCUACAACUGUGACUUUGGGGCUGAGAGGUUAAAGAUCCCAGAGGGAUUGUUUGACCCCUCGAAUGCCAAGGGCCUGUCAGGAAACACCAUGUUAGGAGUUGGCCAUGUGGUGACGACUAGUGUGGGAAUGUGUGACAUUGACAUCCGGCCAGGUCUGUAUGGCAGUGUGGUGGUGACUGGAGGAAACACACUCAUUCAGGGCUUCACUGACCGACUGAACAGAGAACUCUCCCAAAAAACCCCUCCGAGCAUGAGACUGAAGUUGAUUGCCAACAGCACCACAGUGGAGCGCCGGUUCAGUGCCUGGAUUGGAGGCUCCAUUCUGGCAUCACUUGGAACUUUCCAACAGAUGUGGAUCUCCAAACAAGAGUAUGAGGAGGGAGGAAAGCAGUGUGUGGACAGGAAGUGUCCUUGAUUUGACUACUUUCUCUGCACUGUCUUUAUUACAAGUUGAUCAUUGUAAAGCAUUUCCCCAUCGACCUGGACUCUUGAACACCUUGUUCUCAUUUUGUAUGACUUGUUUUUAAAACGGAGUUGGUCUAUACACCUGUCUGGGACUUAUUUAAGGAAUCAAACAUGCACAUUAUAAGUUCCUUUGUCAACAUCCUGUCUGUUGCCUUAUCUUUUGUUAUUGAAAACAUUGCAUCAUCAGAAACGCUUGUUUAAAUACGGUGGGAAAAUACAAUUUUCUAAACAGAAUUUGUUGCACAAGGUGUCAGAAUAUUGACAUGGUUACCAUUGUGUUAAGGGUCUGUAUUUGAAGAGCAGAUCAGUGUGAAUAUUGUCUUUUGUUUUUAAUUUUUUAUUUUUUUGUGUAGCAGAAAUUCAUCAUCAGAGGCCAGUCAGUCCCUGCCUGUGCCCACUAUUGUCAGCUGAAAAUAAAAUUUCCCUUCUUGCUA